AUGGAAAACGAAGUAAAGCAGCGCAAUCAGAGAAAUAGGCGAAGGGAGCGGGCACAGCGCAUGCAAGCACAGCGAGAGAGUAAAGUUAAGGAUGGGGACAGCGGCGAGGACGAGUCUCCGGCGAGAGAAAAGCCACCUCGUCCUCCAGCCAGGAGGAAAAAGUCGAGGGAGCCCCUCGGAGAGGAGGACAUCAUUGAUGGUUUCGCCAUAAUGGCAUUUCGCACCUAUGAGGAUCUCGAGGCUGCAAUAAAAACCGCUUCAUCACCUCGUACUAACGCGCUGUCCACGAAGCCAAGGUUACCAUUGGCUGCUCUUGCAGGCGAUGCUACCCGCAACCACGCAACCAGCAAUGUCAAUUCACAUGGUAUAACGCUGCUCCAAGACGCUGGCACGUCGGAUGAUAGUGGCCGGGCAUCAGAGCGGCUAACUGGCAGCUCGGUGGCGCCCCGAGACCCCGAUUCUUCUCGCGACCGUCUUAGUGACGCCAGUAGCCGCUGUAGUUCCGGAAAAGGCUAUAUCUGUGAUAGUGAAGGCGACGAUGACAAGGCGAGUCCAGAAAAUAGCAGAAAUGCCUCCCCUAGAUAUCAUGAUGCAUCUAUGGAUGAUGCAUCGGACGCCGGCUCUCUAUUCCGGGUGACGGGUAGUGGCGGAGGUGGCGCCAAGAACGAGCUGGUAGCACGGGGCGGAAGUGGUGGCGCACUGGCUCUGUCGAGGGCACCCGUGGGUGGCAGCGCCAGCCCCGCGCCCGCACCCUUACCGCAGCCAGCGCCUUCACCCGCGCCUGCCGCCUUACCACCUCCCGCCUUACCACCACCACCCUUCCGAGCUGACACACCUCACCGACCCAACGGAGCCCACAUACCAGCCAUCGAUGGACAAGCUGCAACACAAAUACCAGCACGGCCAGUCGACACGCCGGAGAGACCGGCCAGCAACAAUAAGCUACAACCAGGCGCCCGUGCCGCCGCGGACAGCCCCACUCCAGCGCCGCCCGCUCCCCCUGCCCCCUCGCCCCUCUUCCCCUCACACACCGCCUACCAGUCCCUCGCCGCCGCCGCUCUCCCCGACUACCGUCACACGAAUCAUGAGACGCGACCGGAGCCCGCUGCCCAGGAGCCGCCGAUACCUCUCGACCUCCACGCACACCACACCGCCCCCCGGCCGCCUCACCUGGCCCCCACUUCGACGCCUCCCUUACACCCUAGUCUACCCAACCGUCUGCCCCACUCACAAUCUCACCCUGUGAUGCCCGGCCACGAUGUUCGGAAUGUCCCCGCUGUGACUCAACCUCAUCCUUCCGUUCCUACCUCUUAUCCAAAUCGUAUUGUGUCAAACGGUGUGCCUCAGAGUCUAUCGUUGCAACCGCCGCCAGCAUCUACUCCAAGCAGUCUUCCGAGUCAGACGCUCUCGGGCCGAUCCAUGUCUCCCUCGGCGCCGACGUCGCGUCACUAUCCAACCCCGACGAUCGGGUCUAGUCAUGUAAACUCGAGUAUAAGUUCCAGUAUUCACAGCCAUUCGAUGCCCUAUCAGGGUCAGUCGAGUUUACAGAAACAUUCCAUUCAACCGCCAUAUGCGAGUAGACCGCAUCACCAUACGGCGUUCAGUGUAGCGAAUCACAUAUCGGCGAAUCACAUAACAUCCACGCAAACACCAACUACAGUACAUUUCAGUCAUCCCGUAAACAGCCAUAACCUGAUUGGCCAUCAAAAUAGUUUAGCUUUAAGUAGUUCAAACCUGUUAUCUACUUCUACAUCAAACCACAUGAGUACGGCGCUACAUUCGACUACGACGACCACUAGUUCACUAUCUAGUUUUACUCCGAGUAUAAAACAUCCAGGUCUAAACUUGCCGGUUCACCCUCACCCGACGUCCUUGGCGCCGGCUGUAUCGUUACAUCAGCCUAUAAAUCACAUAGAUCCUUCGCCUACCUCGAGCGCACCGAGCAUCAUAACCUCUAGCAGUAGUCAAGUUAGCAAUCAUCCGAUACCCCCGAUUGUAGAUUCUAGACAUUUACCGGUGUCGAGUGAAUUGCCAACUCGUACUGAGAACUCAACAGUUAGUACAGCUCUGGCGGCAAACGGAUAUCCUCCCCCGGCUGUGUACACUGGCAGCUCCUACCCGACGUUAUACGCUCCUUACGCCCCUACCUUACAACAUAGUCCAUACUUACCACCGGCGGCCGCUUCACCUAGGAAUACUGCUGACACGAGGACGAGUUUAUCAGCGUCUCCGCUCGUAGCUCCCAAAACGCCAAAGGGAGUAAGACCUCACACGCCGGGCUCCCUGGGCGGCGCAGGGUCACACGCACCACUAGCGUACUCGCCACGAGGGCAUAGCCCCAGCAGAGAACGUGAAAGUUUCAGCAGCAACAUCAGCAGUUUGUCUCGAAGUACACCAGCGUCGGGCGGCGCGGGCGCUCCGCCGGCUGUCUCAUCAGCACUAACGGCACCACUCGCUGCACCACUUGCUGCACCAUUGGCGGGACCAGUCUCAGCGUUGGGUAGUACACUGGGUCCAUUGAGCACGGGUCUAAGUACACUGGGAGGUCUAACAGGUCUGGCUGCUCCAACGCCCACGGCGCCCACACCCUCCGCACCACAUUUAGCCCACUCGCUUGCUCCCGUACCAACUGUACCCAGUAUCAGUUCCAGUGCAAAACCACCAGCCCAUUGGGGGGUAACCAGGCCAUCGGGUUCAGAGCGAGCUGGUUUCGCGCCGGCGCCACCGUUAUUCGGAGCACCCCUCGCCCCACCAAACCCGAAUCCUUUCUCUGCAGAGUCACUAUUUCAAUCUAGUCCUGGUGCGGAUCUACUGAGACGCGAACUAGACAAUCGGUUCCUGGCGGCGGCGGGUGCUGUCGGUGUGGGUGUACGCACCGAGCUGCACCACCACCAGCACCAGCACACGCACGUGCACCAACAUCCGCCUUCAACACACGGCCACGGUCACCACGCGCCGCACGCACCGCCCGCACCGCACCCGCCGCACGCACCGCACAACGCGCACCAGCUGCUAGUACCGCACGCGCCACUGCAGUUUAAGGAUGUGAAGAUGACGUCACUAUAUCGUUCUGGUCUCGGCCUCGGGUAUCCGUAUUCAUCGAGUCUGUUGCAUCCGACCUCUCCCUACGUGCCACCUGCUCCGCUGACGACUUACGCACCGAAGCCCGUAGUGUCCGCCGCAAACGAGUCCGCAACUAAACCACCACCACGUCCCGCUAUGGCGAAAACUGGAAAAUGGAACGCGAUGCACGUCAGAAUAGCUUGGGAGAUCUACAACCAUCAGCAAAAAGAAAAAACGAGCGGAAACAACGUGGCAGCCAACUCGUCCGACAAGGACAAGAUAAGAACGUUCCCCGCGCCCGCGCCGCCGCCGCCCACCUACCGCUCGCCGUACGAACUACCGCCGGGCCCGUACCUGCCGCACCACACGCCGCUAGGUAUGGUGCGGUACCCCGCGCGGCCCUCGCUCACACCCGUGUCUCUGGCCGGGCCCGUCGACCGACACUUGGGCGUCUCGGGCGUGUCGCCCUUCGGUCGGUACGGCGCCGGUCCGUACGCGGGCGCGCCCACACCUUUCGGUCUCUCGGCGUACGGUCGGGAGCUGGCACUGUCGUCGUCCUUACACGGCAUGCACCACGGACCGCCCAUGUCACUGCACGACUCCUGGCGCGGCGUACGACCGCCCGUGUCCGCCGCCGCUGAGGUGCGCCGCGAACACGAGGAACGGGAACGAGCUCGCCGCGAGCGAGAGGAACGAGAGAGAAGGGACCGCGAGGACAGGGAGAGGCGGAAGGCCCGCGAGCAGCGGGAGAGAGACAUGGAGCGGGCCCGGACACGCUCACCGCUCAGGAACGGCGUCCCGGAGCAGACCAAGGACGAGCGGAAGGAACCCCCGCGACCCCCGCCCGCUCUGCCCGCCUACCCGCCGCCCUCUCACUGGGACCCGUACCGCGUAGCGUUCGACCCCCUCCAACACAUGAGGUUCGCGCCGUUCGUGGAGGCGGCGAUUCGUGCGGAGGAGGACCGCGCCAAGAUGUUGAGCGCCUACGCGCACCACCAGCAGCUCAAGUCCGGGCCGCUGCUCCACCGCUCGCUGCCGGGCGCGCCGCUGCCGCCAUUGGGAGCGCACGCGCCGCUGGCCCCGCUGGCGCCGCUCGCUCCCUCCCUGGCGCCUCUCGCGCCCCUCGACCUGCUCAAGAAAGAGGAGCCGCGAUGA